AUGAGUGCAGCCAAGUACGCGAACUUGCCUGACAUAGACCUAGAGGGGCAUGAUGUCUAUGAAACCCCGGACGUUCCACCAUCGCCUACUGAGGUCGAAUCUGAUGACGAAAAAGAUGCCGCUCGCGUUAGGGGCACUGCUAAUCGACCGGGUCAGGGUGAGCUUGACAACGAACCGCUGCCAUCGACAGAGACCUCGGGUCGAUUCUUCAGACACGCAGAGAGGAGAGCUCGCCGCCAGCGCGAGCUCUACUCGUAUCCUGAUUCGUCAUAUUCGUCUUCCAGGUCCCCCUCACCUUCACGCUCAAACCUACCUCUAUCUCAGCGGAUUGAACUUAUGAAGAAUGAAUUGGCCAACUCGAAGCCGAAGCUUCGUACAAGGUUAAUCAACGCCAUGGCCAACGGCAAGAACAAGGAUAAGGCAAAGCCCGAGGCCGAUAGCUCAGUGCGGAACGUGGUCCCCCACAGCGCCCAGCCGGAGAUUGCCAUCCACAUGCGUAUUGCGCAACUUGAGAAACUUAUCGGUGCUUCGGGAACAUCGCUCGAUGAAGUGAUCAUCGCCCCUGCCCCAGCCGCUUCUACCCCACUUGACACGGAUAUCCAAUCUCCUACUCUCCUGGCUCAGCCUCGCCAUAUCGACUCUAUCUCGCGUCGUCUCAAAUUGCUAUUGACCGACUUGGAACGCUACAGUGCAUCCGGGACCCCUUCGGGCCCUGGGGCACCAUUGCCCCCUGCAUUGGCCGAACUUGCGCCCUCCUACAACGACUCGCACCACACAUCACGACUAUCCCCGCCCGGUCUGGAGGAAGACCAGCGGAGGCUAAGGGCAGGCCUAGCCGAUCUCGAAGAGGCAGUCAAGGGCCUUGAAGGCAGUAUCAGCGACAACUCGGGAACUAUCACUCGCAACGUGGAGGGUUUGGAGACGAGAAUAUCAUCGCUCGAAGAAAGAUUGGCAGGGUUAUCGGCAGUGUAG